GCGGGCACCGAGUCGUCUGGCAAGACUGCGGGCACCGAGUCGUCUGGCGAACAGCGGGCAUCGAGUCAACUGGGGAACAGCGGGCAUCGAGUCAAUGGCGGACUGCGGGCACCGAGUCAACUGUUCUGGGCACUGCGGGCACCGAGUCGUCUGGCAAGACUGCGGGCACCGAAGUCGUCUGGCAAGACUGUGGGCACCGAGUCAUCUGGCAAGGACUGCGGGCACCGAGUCGUCUGGCUAGACUGCGGGCACGAGUCGUCUGGCAAGACUGCGGGACACCGAGUCGUCUGGCAAGACUGCGGGCACCGAGUCAACUGGCGGAACAGCGGGCACCGAGUGUCGUCUGGCAAGACAGUGGGCUCCGAGGGUCAACAGGCACGACAGUGGGCACCGGGUCAUCAGGUAUCGGAUUGUCUGGCUCGACAGCGGGAUCGGGUCACCAGGCAUCAGGUCAUUUGGCUUGCCAGCGGGCACCGCGUCAUCUGGCAAGGCAGUGGGCACCGGGUCACCAGGUAUGACAGCGGGCUCUGAGUCAAUUGGCACGACAGCGGGCACUGGAUCAGGUACCGGAUCAUCUGGAUCAAACAGCGGGCAUCGAGUCAACUGGCCUAAUAGGAUCCGCAUCAGGCUGAAUGCAGGCAUCAGGCCGAGAGUAGAGGCUUCAGGCUGAGUAGAGG